UGCUCUGAGAAGAGCAAAGAGGAGAAAUAUGGAACGGUUGGUUUUGGCUUGUGGAGGGGAGGCAGUGAACUCUGUAGAUGAUUUAACUCCUGAUUGCCUUGGCUGGGCUGGACUUGUAUAUGAGCACGUCCUUGGUGAAGAGAAGUACACAUUUGUCGAAAAUGUGAAGAACCCUCAUUCUUGCACAAUCUUAAUCAAAGGGCCUAAUGAUCAUACAAUUGCCCAGAUUAAGGAUGCUGUUCUUAUUUACUCUAAUUAACGUUUUUCUGGUUUUCAACAGUCUUCAAUUAUGACAGUGAGGACUGGGAAGGAAGACAUUAGAGCCAUAACAAGGAUGCCCACUCUGCGGUAAUGAUCCAAAGCUCGAGAAGCAACGUAAAUGAGUUUUGGACUGGGAUCUUAGAGCUCGAGAAGCAAGUGCUAUGGAUUACCUCCUUUCAGCAUAUGAGCUACCAAGUUUGAUUCAUGUGUAGGUAGUAGCUAGGAAGGCUUGUUUGGUACAUUAUCUAAUAACUUGAAUGUUUGGAAGUUUGAAAAACUUAUAUGAUAUGGAUUAG